ACAACACGUUGAACCUUAAAGCGCUUGGGAUGGACUUAUUGACAGAUAAUGACUUUAACGCUGUCAGAUAAUAUGACUUAAUUAAUACCACAGGUCUCUACACCAUGAAGGACCAAAAUGAUCUCAUGUUACUGCGUGUUGUAUUUUUUAUUUUUUAACUGCGUCGUGAGCGUUUGUGGUAGUUCUAAAAGCAACAUGUUGCACUAUUCAGGACUCGAUAUUAUUGGAUCCAGGGGUUGAGGGCGCGUUUCUUCUUUCGUGGAAUAAACAACAGUUGACUUUUAUGUAGAAAAAGAGGCACAACUACUUGUCAUGAUGAUACUGUGGACUUUACUUUUCUUCAUCCCGGUGAGCGCACCCUUUCCUCAUCCAACCGAAAUGUCUAAACACAAAAGUCCAGCUGCCAUGAGCCGCUGCUCCAGACGAGCUUGUAACCCUCGCAUGGGCAACCUGGCCCAGGGUAGACUACUGAGCACCCUGUCGGUUUGCGGAUCCAACUCCUCGGAGCCCUUCUGCUUCUACAAAGAGACGUCUGCCCCCCGCAGCAGGGGGUCCUGCCGGGCUGCAAAGUGUAGUCAGUGCAACUCUGCUGUCCCCAGCCAGGCGCACCCUCCCUCCGCCAUGAAUGACUCCCCCUUCCGAAACCCUGACUCUUGGUGGCAGUCUGCAGAGGCGGUGAAGGAGGAGACGCUCCAGCUCGACCUGGAGACGGAGUUCCUCCUCACUCACCUAAUCCUGGUGUUCCGCUCCCCCCGACCUGCUGCCAUGGUGUUGGAGCGCUCCCAGGACUAUGGGCACACAUGGAAGACCCUCAGGUAUUUUGCCAGGGACUGUGUGGAGGUGUUUGGGCUGGCUGAGGGCUCGCCUGCUUUGGAGAGUGGAGCAACCUGCACCUCAAAGUAUUCAGGAGCUUCCCCUUGUACCAGAGGAGAGGUGAUCUAUCGAGCGUUGUCACCCUGGCACUCAGUGGAUCCAUAUGGACCAGCAGCCCAGAACCAGCUCAUGAUCACCAACCUGAGAGUGCGUCUGCUGCAGCAGCAGCCGUGUCCCUGCCAGGCGAAACAUCCUGACGCUGCCGCCCUCCCCACACAACAUUAUGCCAUGUAUGAUUUUAUUGUGAAAGGCAGCUGCCUUUGUAAUGGACAUGCUGAACACUGUGUGCCAGCCAGUGGCUACAAACCCAGUCUACAGAAAACAAACAACAUGGUUCAUGGUAAGUGUGUCUGCAGACAUAACACGGCCGGUGACCACUGCGAGCGCUGUGCUCCUUUCUACAAUGACAGACCCUGGCAGUCUGCCAACGGCAUCACAGGGACGCCGCAUGAGUGCCAGAAGUGCAAAUGUAACGGUCACGCCAAGAGCUGCCACUUCUGUCGUGGACUGUGGCUCGCAUCUGGACGGCGGAGUGGAGGUGUGUGUGAUGACUGCCGCCACAACACAGAGGGCCGUCACUGUCAGUACUGUAGGAAAGGCUUCUUCAGAGACCCUAGCCGACCCAAAACUGCCCCUGACUCCUGCACAUCCUGUUCCUGCCACCUUGUAGGCUCAGUCCUCUCAGGUGGUCGCCCUCUCUGUAACCCCAGCAGCGGGGAGUGCACUUGUAAGCCAGGUGUAGGAGGCCCCCGCUGUGACAGCUGCAUGCUGGGAUACUGGGGGCUUCAUGAAUACGGCUGCCGUCCAUGUGACUGCACAGGGGAGUGUGACCCUUACACCGGCGACUGUAUAUCUGGCUCGGUUGAGGAAGUCUUCUAUACAGCCGUUGGCCACAUGGGACACAGCAGCAAUAAUAGUGAGACGGCACCCUUUAGGGUAGAGGAGCUUUUCUCUGCACUGCACCACUCUGAGAAAUGUGAGUGUGUGGAGGUUGCUCUUGGCAGCCCUAAACUCUUCUGUGCUGCAGAGUAUGACUAUGUGCUGCUGGUGAGGGUGAUGUCAGCUCACGAUAAAGGCUCCCAUGCAGAGGUGGAGGUCAAGGUCAAAAAAGUAUUUUUCCAGAACCCACAGUUAAAGAUUCAGAGAGGAACUGUCACUCUCUACCCAGAGUCCUGGACCGCACAGGGCUGUACCUGCCCCAUCCUCAACCCAGGAUCUGAGUACCUGGUGGCUGGUCACGGGGACUGGAGGAGCAGCCAGCUGAUGGUCAACACAAAGAGUCUGGUUAAAGCCUGGAAGUCCAGUCUGGGACCCAAAAUCCUCCACAUCCUCAGAGCAGACUGUGGCCAGCGCUAAGAAGUGCAAAGAAAAAUUAGGCAAAGAGCCAGAGAAACAGAACGAACAGAGGGACUAUUUGAAUAUUGUUGGACGCUAACAUGAAAGAUAAAUCAGGUGCCUGCUGCGGGAACUCUACAAAGGGAACUUUACACUCCAAAGAGACAGCACUACAAAGCAAUGGUUGUUGAUAUGUGGUAGAAAUGAGCACAAACAGUUAGCAGAAUCCUCUAAAGGACGACUAGUAACUUAAGGAUCAAUGAAAACAAGUUACAGAACUUUAAUCAGGACAAAAACAAACUUUAUCUUGUCACCAUCUUAUUCCUGUUGCUGUCUGCUGCAGCUCAUGAUUCCAGGUUAUUUAUGAAACAAUAAGGAAUGCAUAUUAAACACUCAAUUAUGUUUUAUUUGCUAGCCGUCAGAGUUGAUGAGCGGAGUACAGCCAAGGCCUACUGUAUCUAUUUCACUGAAGGUUGUUUACUCUGGAAUCCUGCGAAUCAUUCUAGUCUUUUCACAGAUAUCGAAGAUAACUCAUGAAUGACACAAAGUCAGAAUGUGGGCAAGUGUGUGUGUGUGUGUAUGCUUCAUGUCCUUGGCAGAGAGUGUGGGAUUGUGCAGGUCAGAACAAGAAAGCCCUGGAUGAGAGUAGAGGAUGAAAAAAAAAAAAAAAACAUUAAAGGAAUCAGGAGAAAUAAUCUGAGCUGCUCCGCUCUGCUCCAGGACCCUGGAACGCCUGCUGUCUGACGAGAGUAAAACACACUUUCUGGAGUGUCUGAAGUACACACGAGCAGCUUAAACACUCAGGAUUGACUGUUCUCUUAGGGCUCGGGCAGUUACAAGAGUGGAUCAUUGUCAGCGUUGUCAGACUUGUUUUGUGAGGAUUUUCUGCCGUCCUCAUUUGACCUACUUCCAAGGAUUCAGAAGACACGGCCUCUCGGAAACCCAGUGGGAAAAGAACAUACACUCUGAACAUAUGCUUCUCUCUCUGGCCAGUGACUCCUGAUGCCCCGAAAAUAAAUAUGUAUUAAAAGCCCGGAUACUCAUUGACAUCAUAGAUCAGAUACAGCAACCGCAGGCCAAUUUUGAGCCGGGUCCAGUUAAGAAUAGUCCGAGUCCACUGUCUCCAAGGACAAGGAGAAACUCUGCGAGGAGACAUGAUGCAUUCCUCAACUGUGACAUCACCGGCCAUGUCCUUGUCCCAAAGACUUUACUAAAAGAAGAGAGAAUGGGCUGGAAUUUGAUCUUUUAAAGGACAAAGUGGUGAUUAAGGGAGCUGAUGCAUGAUGCUGUCUCUGUGAUAUGUAAUGCCAUUCCUGUGAGUCAUGUAUGUUCUUUUUUUAAAAUCUAAACCACUUUAACUAAAUGUCAGCGUGCUCACUCUUAAUGCUG